CUUAGGUGCGCGCUGUGGAACUGGUUGUCUCAAAGCAGUAUAGCGCGGGGCAACGCUGUAAUGCCCGCGGGCCAAAUCCAGGCUAAGGAAAAAAAAUUGGAGAUGGUGGCAGGCCUGUCAAAGCUUUUCGUUUUUUAGUUGUUGCAAAACAAUUCUACAGAAAAUCUACGGCUAAUUCUUUGCCCCGUAACACAUAUCCCAAAAUCAUUCACAAUGGGAAAGAAACGCUCAAGAGAGGCCGAUGGCAAGACAGCCGAUCCUGUCGUCGACGACGUGGACAAGAUGGACGAAGAUAGCGGCGAGGACUUUGACAACAUUGAUGUCGACUUUGAAUGGUUUAACUUUGACCCCGAGAUCGACUUCCACGGUGUAAAGGCUCUCCUCCGCCAGCUCUUCGACGUCGACGCGAACCAGUUCAACAUGUCCGAGCUGGCUGACCUUGUUCUUGCGCAAAACACAAUUGGAUCGACAGUCAAGACCGACGGCAAGGGAACCGAUGCCUAUGCUAUGCUUACUGCCCUCAACACCUUUGUCCACCGCGAGAAGGCCCCUAUGCAGGACAUUCUCAAGUACCUUGUGGAAAAGGCGAAUACAAACGAAGCAUUGGCGUCGACGGUGACGCCUCUCCUCACUGGAGACCACCACGUUGGCCUGGUGUUUUCUGAGCGUUUCAUCAAUAUGCCUGCUGAGAUUGCGCCUCCCCUUUUCUCCAUGCUUAUCGACGAAGUUGAGGCUGCUGUUGAAGACAACGAACCGUACAACUUCUCGCACUACCUUAUCCUCUCCAAGACGUAUCAAGAAGUUGAAUCGACGCUAGAUGUCGAGGAACGCAAGAGAAAGAAGGCCAAGGAGGAGUCUUCCAUGUUCUACUUCCACCCAGAAGAUGAAGUUUUGCAAAAGUAUGCUGUUGCUCACGGAGGCUUCGCUUACACGCGCGAGGACGACUCUGUUGCGGACAGCAAGCGCGCAUUCCAGGAGAUGGGAAUUAAAGCACAGGGCCACAUGAUUUUGAUUGAAGCUAGCAAAUUCCCAGCUGCUAUUAAAGCAGUUACCGAGUACAUAAACCCCCCUCUAUGAAUAAUGAACUACCCUUUGCUCCCUACUCUUCCGGUUCAAGACGCUGCAUCAAGUAUUCCACCUCGACCUCCUUGGUAAGAGGGAUGACAUAUUCCUUGUACAUGGAUGCGACGGCAUCCACAUCGAUUUUGACGUGUGACUCGGUGCCCUUGGUUUCGGAGGGAUCUCUGCCGUAAGUGAGAGCCUUGAGGCGAAGGCGCUCAAAGAUUUGGUCCUCUACGGCCUGGUUUGUAAUGGCCUUUGCAAUACCCUCGCGGUCCUCUGCCUUGAUCAAGCGAGUGUACUUUUCCGGAUCGGAGCGGAAUUUGGACUCGGCGACAAACUUGCCGAAGUGAAUUCUUCUGGACAGAGCCUGGAGGCAGGCAAUGUCACAGGUAGCUGUCGAACCGUAGUUUUCUUGCGAUUCGCCCUGGUCCUCGCGGCCAAAGUCGGGGCACACUGCGGGAAGGAACUUUUCAAUGUAGAAUGCUCUGAUUUGGUCGUUGACGACGACGUCGUUCUUGUAUAGAAUCUUCGGGUAGUUGAGCGGCUUCAGGAUGGGCUUUUGAACGGACCGAGGGUAGAAGGGGUAUUCGUCGGGCGACUCGUAUCGACGAAUGAGUGACUGAAGCUUCUCCUGCUCGGCAAAGU